CGUACCACCUACGGCAGAGCAUUGUCCCCGAAACCGAAUUAUUCCCCAAAUCCACAUGGGCGUUGUCCCCAAGCGUCGUAACACAUUGUGGUUACUGUAACCCGUCCAGCCCAUCCACGGGUAUAGCAUUCGUCUAGGCUGCAGCUUCCCAAUCCUCUUACUUCUCGUCCCUCUUCGUCCUGUUUUAGGUCUUGCGAUAGAUGGUUGCUUGACUUCUCCUCUCUCCUUACCAAUAAAACCUGUGAUCCGAGCAUCCAGAGCCAGAAAUUCGCGACCACUACUCUGUUCCUGCCUGACUGACAUUCUGUGCUUCGCCGGUUGGGAAGAUUGCAGGAGACUUGAGCCAGCGGUGAUGAUGCCCACGAAGCAAUGAUUGUGUCAACGUUACCUCGAUGAACUCGACCCCGGAUGAGGGCGAGAGCUUUCUGCGCGACGAGGAUGUGGGCGAGCUUCAGGAUAACAUUGGUCAAGAGUCGGGAGUGCAGGAUGACCACGACGUGCCAGAUAUAGCAGCGCCCGAACCACACGAACCGGUGGAUAACGUGGUUGACGCACUUGACGCAGUCCUAGAGGAGGAAAAUGGAGGAGGCCCUGGUCAAAUCGACGACGAAGGGACUCCAGACGCGCCGGGAACAAAUGGGACCGACAAUAUUCCUCCGUUCAAUGAAGCCACCAAUAUCCUGAGCAUCGACGACUCGCCCUCGACCCCCGACGACACGCCCUCCGUCCAAGACUCUGCACUUUCCUCCCCUCGAAGCGAUGCAGCCUCAAUCCGCAGUCCCGCUCGCAGAGGUAGUCCCGCGACCAUACAUCGUCCCUUCGAUAUUCGGUUUCAAUCUCGGCUUUCGAGCUCCCAACUCUCGCCUCUACGCUCGAGCUCACCUGCAUUCCUCGGUGCCCAUUCGCGUCACUCCUCUACCGCAAGUCAGGGUCUGCACACGCCUUCCGAGCCAGACGAUACCAUAAAUCCAUGGGAUGUGAUCAGGUGGAGCAAGUUCAGAAAGAUCACCGGGCAAGCCUUUUCGGAGAUUGGGAAGAGAAAUUUCGGGAGCCCAACCUGUCUGGCGGUGUCAGACCAGUUAGUGCUAGGGACGUCGAAGGGUAUUGUUCUGGUCUUUGACCACCAUCAAAAUCACAAAGCAAUCAUUGGUAGCGGCACGAAAGCCGCUGAAAGUGGCGCUGUGACUGCCCUUGCGAUAUCUGCUGACCAUACUACCAUUGCCGUUGGACACGAAACUGGCCACAUUUUCACAUGGGAACUUGCCAGACCCUCCAGACCUUUUUUACACAUCCAGCCAAUUGAGGUCUCUCAACCUCAAGCUCGAAGGGGCGACGGUCACGUCUCAGACAGCGCUGUUCUUCACAUCGGGUUUCUAGGUUAUAGGCAUACCGCGCUUGUCUCGGCCGAUGACAAGGGUAUGGCCUUCUCGCACCUAGCAACACGGGGGAUGGGAGCAGUUGGCCGUGUUGUCCGCACCACUAGAAUUCUCGGUCGAUACCCCGAAGUUGUCUCACGGUCCUCCAAGCCCUUGAGGAAAAGCUCUGUCCUAGCGUUUUCGCCGUUGCCUCUAGGAAAUAUCGAGCAAAGGACAGAUAGCCUAGGCCUCGUGGCAAUGCUGACACCAUAUCUGCUCGUCAUUGUCUCGACGACACCGGUAGCACAGACCCAACAUAAAGCCGCCCGUCCCAAAGAGGUCGCAGCGCACAGCGCAAUGACUGCGGCACUGGCUUGGUUUCCAGCCAUUAAACUCAAGUCUCAGGACUCCGAAGUUUCAAAGACCAAACUUGUCUAUGCUUGGUCUAACAUCCUCACGGUCUUGGAAGUUCAUGCAACCCAGGGGGAUGACGACACCGAAAAGAACAAACCUCCCGACCUGCAAUUUCUGGCUCGAAGCCGAUAUCAAGCUGACGAAGCAAUUGUAGCCGUUCAAUGGUUGAAUAAAUCGGUGCUGGCCGUGUUGACCAUCACGCAACAGCUCCUUAUCAUUGAGGACCUCACGAUGCACGUAACUGAAGCCUUUGACCUCUUGAAGAAAAACAUCUACCAUGCAGACCUCUACUCGCAGCAGCUACGAGCUAUUAUCGAGCAGCUCGACGAAGAAGAUACGUCCAUGCAUGGUGUGGUUGCGGAUGCGUUUCACAUGAGUUUCCGGGCAUACAAAGGCAGGCUGUUCCUGCUUGGCUUCAAUGAUGUUUGGACCGGCGUCCUUACAAAUUGGGCUGAUCGACUUUUGGCCAUGAUAAACGUCGGUGAUUUCAUUGGUGCCAUCCGGCUUGCGACCAAGUAUUACCAAGGUGAAGGCGAAAAGGUUACUAUUGGUCUCCCUGAGGAAGACAAUGUUCGUGCAGGUGUCGUUAGGGAAAAGCUUGUCGAGAUGAUGAGCGCCUCCUUAAAGUACGCCUUUGGUAAGAACCAACAAGCCGGGAGCGAUCAGAUCGAAAAGCCUCAGAUGGCGGAGCUUGCAGACGCUUGCAUCAAGGCAUGCCUUGUCAUGGAGGAUCAGGACUUCCUGUUCGAAGAAGUCUUCUCUUGGUAUGAUGAGCAUGGGCAUGGGCCCCUGUUUGUGGAUGUCCUUGAACCGUACAUCCUCGAUCAAAGGAUCACCUCCAUACCUCCGCCCGCUCUGAAGACUCUGAUCAACCACUUUGUACAAACACACACUCCGUCGGUGCUGGAGGAGAUCAUCUGUAUGCUGGAUACUUCGACGAUGGACAUUGAUCAAGUGACAACCCUAUGCAAGCGAUAUGCUCUAUAUGAUGCCUACGUCUAUGUCUGGACAAUGGCCCUCCACGACUUCACGACUCCGUUGAUGAUACUGCUCGAUCUAGCAGACAGUGAGGACCUUCCACGUCAGCAAGUUGUCAACGUGGUUGAUAGAUACAAUGUCGCCCAGAAGAUCUUCCCUUACGUUUCCUUCAUCUUGACGGGUCGCGUAUAUCCCACGGGAAAUAUGCUGGGCGAAGAAGACUCCCUGCUUGCCAAAGGCCAAGUAUAUGACUUCUUCUUUUCAGGAGGAGGCGCAGGUGCAAAUGGUGUGGCUAAAAGGAGGAUCGAACCUGUCCUGAAACCCGCAGCAUCUUUCGGGUAUCUAUCUCGGACCCUCCAUUUCGAUACUGCAAGUUUCAUCGCCGCUCUGAACGAGGGGUUCGAGGACAGCUAUCUCAAUCUGGGUGACGAUGAUGCACUGAAUAGCCACGCGCUCAAUCAAGCUGCAGCCACACGCACCUAUACCCGCCAAUACAUUGUUCGCAUAUUGUUGGAGGUGAUGUCCUCGGGCUUUGACACUGAUGACACUAUCUAUCUGGACAUGUUCAUCGCGCGCAACCUGGCAAAAUACCCCCAAUACAUGGUUCUCUCGGGUACGGUUCUACAAGAGAUUUUUAUUCGACUAUGUCAGUAUCCGGAAGACGACAUGCAGGAAGAUGCCGAGUUGAGCGUCGAAUACCUCCUUUCCGUCUACCAACCGCCCAAUGUACUCGACUUUGUUCCAUUGCUCCGGGAAGCUAGAUUCUACCGCGUCCUCAAGUCUGUUUUCAGGCAAGAACGUCAAUAUGCCAAUAUGAUAUCAAUCUUUUUCGUGGACAGUCAAGACCGAGCGGGGGUAUUUGCCUCAAUUGUUGAAUGUCUUCGAUCAGAAUCAUCUCUAGCACAACGACAGCGAGAAGAAGUCAGAGAAACCGUGCAGAGACACGCCCUUGACCUGAUCAGUAUCGAUGUCCAAAGAUGUGCCGCUACUAUUGAUGACGUGGCGCCAGAUUUGCACCACGUUUUCCUGCAAACAAUGACCGAUGACGUCUCUGACCAAUUUGAGUAUCUGAAGACGCUUCUGGAGCCCGAAGACCAUCUGCGCACACGUCGAACUUAUGACCAUGAGAUUAGGGAGCUUUAUGUCCGCCUCCUUUGCCAAUUCGACCCUUCACACGUGAGAGACUAUGUGGAAAAUAUUAAGGAGGGCGACAUUCGGCUUGCCGAAGUCCUUCCGACAAUCGAAGAUAGCGGCAUCAUUGACGCCGUAGUGAUCUUACAGGUUCGCCAGGGCCGAGUGAAGGAAGCAAUGGAUCGGUUGACACGGCACUUGGCGUUUCUGGGCUCAACCCUGAAGAGCUUGAAGUCAGACUUUGUCGACCAGGGCGACGAUGCAUCCGUCCAACACCCGACCACAAACGUCCUCGAGUCAUUAGAAAAAUACACCAGAGUGGGCAUCUGGUUGUGUCAGGGGCAGACGAAGAACGCUCCCAAGUCCCUGGCGGUUUCGAAAUCUCCGAGAAGAUCUGCCAGCGCGACCCGUGCAUUAUCUUUUGAAGAAAAUCUCUGGCUUGAGCUUAUUCUCUGCGUGGUGUCGAUAGCUCGAGACGUGUCAAUCCAUGCUCCGUUGAGGGAGGAGACACCGCAAGACGACAAAGAUGUCGAAAUCACGCAGGCCCUUCGAACAACCAUCCAGCAGGUCUUCACUGCCCUCUUGACAAGCACUACAUCGGUGCGCGAUGGAGCCUCGGGACGCGACAUGAUGUUUUUACGCAUCCUCCGUGCAUUCCUUUCUCAUGCUGCCGAAGCAAGCCCAUCUCUGUCCGAACUUCGCAAUGUGAUCAGCUCCAUAUUUUCGGCGUACGCAUAUGAAGAGUCACUUCUGGGCCUCUCGAACUCGAUGCUGGACAAGGAUGUGUUUGUACGCUUGGACGAAGUGGCUGCUCUCAGGCAGCGGGGCUGGAGACCUCGAGGGCAGGUAUGCGAAGUGUGUCGACGACGUGUCUGGGGCCCGGGCGUCGGCGAAAAGGUCUGGGAGCAGUGGCAGAAAAGAGAAGAAGCUAGGCUCCUCCGCCGGCGACGGAUCCCGGACGUCGAGUCUGUGGUCGAGGACGAUGAGACUCGGGGGAAAGGCAAAGCCACAGUCGGGGUGAGCUCUCAGGAGCCAGUGGAAGCUGAGGGUGGCGGUGCAGGCACUGACCUGGCCGAGGAGCUCGGUCCCAUUGUGGCGUUUUCGUGCCGCCAUCUGUACCACCAGAAAUGCUUGGGACAGGCCCGCGUGGAAGAUGGUGUCCCUCAAUUAGUGUGCCCGGCCUGCGUAUAGCUCGAUACAAGAAUAAUCAUCACGAGAA